UAUAUAAAGAUUGUUUGUAUAGAUUCAAUUGAGGGGUUCCUAAAAUCAACUCUUAUUUAAUGAGGAUUGCCUUUUAAUUUGCACAUAAUUAAAAAUCAACCCUUGAUCUUCAAAAUCAUUAAAAAGAAUCAAGAAUCUGAUAUCAAGAUUCUCCACCAAUCAUAAAACAUGCUUUCGAUCUGAUUCCGAAAUUCCAUGCCGAGUCGAUUUUACGACAAAGUUUUCUUCGUCGUAAAUAUGUUUUUUUUCCAGGUAAAUUAGUUGGCUUUCUAUAUAAUAAUCGAGUUAAUUUUUACUCGGUAGCUAGAAGUGUUGUGAAGAAACGGUAAUUUAUUGAGCUGAAAAGUAAAAUGGAGGGAGGUAUUGCGAAACCGAAUAAAACGGAAUUUACGGAAUGCUGGCGAACGAGUUUGAAAACGCCCUACAUUAUGCGUCUCGCUUUAUCCGCUGGCAUUGGCGGGUUAUUAUUCGGUUAUGACACAGGUGUUAUUUCCGGUGCUCUCCUCUACAUCAGAGACGACUUCAAAUCCGUCGACACUAACACAUGGAUGCAGGAAACGAUAGUGAGCAUGGCGGUAGGAGGGGCGAUAUUCGGUGCGGCGUUUGGCGGCUAUUUAAACGACAAGUACGGUCGGAAAAAAUCGAUUCUUUUGGCCGACAUUUUAUUUUUCGUCGGAGCAGUUAUAAUGGCGGCCUCGGUGGCGCCUUGGAUGAUAAUAGUCGGAAGAGUGUUCGUCGGAUUAGGCGUCGGAAUGGCUUCGAUGACGUCACCACUAUACAUUUCCGAAGCGUCUCCGGCGAGAAUUAGGGGUGCAUUAGUUAGCACUAAUGGUUUGUUAAUUACAGGAGGACAGUUUUUGGCUUAUCUUAUUAACUUAGCAUUCACUAAGACACCUGGCACGUGGCGGUGGAUGCUCGGAGUCGCCGGAGUUCCGGCGGUUGUCCAGUUCUUCUUGAUGUUAUCGCUUCCCGAGUCUCCUAGAUGGUUAUAUAGACAGGACAAGGUAAAGGAAGCGAGGGAAAUUCUCGAGAAAAUCUACCCAGAAAACGAGGUCGAAGAAGAAAUGAAGGCAUUACAAUCCUCAGUCGAAGCCGAAAAAAUCGAAGAAGCUUCAAUAGGCACCGGCUUUUUCUCGAAACUCAAAAACGUUUGGGGAAACAAAAUCGUAAGACGAGGACUCUACGCAGGCAUCACCGUACAAGUUGCUCAACAGUUUGUCGGCAUAAACACCGUUAUGUACUACAGCCCCACGAUCGUCCAGCUGGCAGGUUUCGCCUCGAAUGAGACAGCUUUAGCAUUGUCGCUUGUAACCUCUGGUCUGAACGCAUUCGGUUCGAUUGUUAGUAUGGCUUUCGUCGACAGAUUUGGGAGGAGAAGGCUUAUGAUUGUUUCGAUGUUUGGUAUUAUAAUUUGUCUUGUUGCGUUGUCUGUUCUUUUUUACGAAGCGUCCGAUCAUUCGCCGAAAAUUAGUGGUGUUGAAUCUCUACACUUUGGUGGGAACUCGACUUGCUCGACUUUUGCCGGAGCAUCUGAGCCGUCGAAAUGGAACUGUAUGACGUGUCUUCAAUCUUCGUCCGAUUGCGCCUUCUGUGCUAAUGGACAUAACAAUUACCAACCCGGUGCGUGCUUGGCCGCAACGGAUGCAAUAAGAGGAAUGUGCCAAGGGGAGCACCGAACAUGGUACACGAAAGGUUGCCCUAGCAAGUUCGGAUUUUUCGCGGUUUUGCUUCUAGGGUUGUACAUUGUAUCCUACUCUCCCGGAAUGGGGACCGCACCUUGGAUAAUCAACUCCGAGAUUUACCCGUUGAGGUAUAGAGGAAUCGGUGGUGGCAUAGCGGCGGUCUCUAAUUGGAUCUCGAAUCUCAUUGUGAGUAUGACGUUUUUGUCCCUGACGCAAGCUCUUGGGUCCGCCGGAACUUUUCUAUUGUUCGCCGGAUUUUCGACCGCCGGGCUCGUGGCGAUUUAUUUGCUUGUGCCGGAGACGAAGGGGCUGCUGUUUGAGGAGGUGGAGAAGAUGCUUGACAAGGGGUUUAAGCCUAGCUUGUGUGGCAGUUCUGAUGAGGAUAGUUCUAGUAAGACAGAUAAAAUUGCUGUCUAGGGUUUUAUUAGGGUUGCAUUAACAUUUAUUGCAGUCGAAAAGUAGCGAACGAGGGCAUGAUUCGAACUUUAGACCUCGAUUCCUAAUUAUCACAAGGGAUUCAAUUUUUUU